AUGUCGUCCAGCGCAGAGACAUCGCCUCCCAGAGCCGGCUCCUAUAUCCUUAUCUCGUCUUCAACGGCCGCGCUCGACGCACCCGCGCCGGCAGCCGACGAAAGCGCAAGAGUCUUUGGCUCCAGACCGAGGCUGUUCUUCUUCUUACCUCUGCUUGCUGCCCUCGACGUUGCUACCACACUGACUCUCGGCAUCCUCGUCCUUAACCAACUAGCAAAGCAUGAUGAACCAGCCGCUCACAUACUUGGCGGUCCGCUCUCUCAUGAUCCCGUGAUGACAAGCUCGCUACCCGGCCGCACAGAUCCAAGAUUGGACGAUGCUGCAUGGGAACGACGCAAGAUCGUUCUCCUCGUCAUCGUGUUUUCCAUCGCACGAGCAUUUUCCUAUGGGAUCGUCGGCUUCAGCAUACGUAUCCGUCAGCUCGGAGUGACAGUAGCUGCAAUCAGCAUUCUCAGCACUCUUUUCUACGUAUCGGUUGCCAAUCUCCUCUUUCAAGCCAGGCCAAAACCUGGCAUAGUCGACAAGCGGUCAAACUCUUGGUCAGGCGUUUUGGCUUCCGACGCAUGGCGCUGGCCAGACGCAUUCCGACACUUUGAGCCCACGAUGCCCAUCCUAGUCGGCGUCCAGAUGGCCUUUACGCUGUUCGAAUGGAUCCUAUACAUUGCCAUCGUCGGCGUCAAGAUCCCACCAGGCGGCAAUCCCGUCGAGGCCAAACGAUGGGCUAGGGAUUUGGCGGAUGAUCCGCAGUAUCGACGUGGAGCUGACAUGCACAGCCUCUAUCUCUCUGACGACGGGCAUGACCAAGACAUAACCGAGGAGGUACGUCAGCCUUUGGAGCAUCUCGACGCGCAGGAUGGCGGCGAGUUGCAGGAGGUUAGGACACAGCUCUCUUCUCCCAUUUCCAACCUCUCGUGCAGGGGCAAGUCAGACGGUAGCGAUCAGCCGCUGUUGGGUGCAAGUUCUUCGACCCCCCGAGGCUACGGCAGCACGCUUGCCGAUCCAAAGACGCCCCAGGGACCAGGCAGUGUUCGAAGCGUUCGCUCCCCAGUAGCGUUACAACAGCACGGCAUGAGUCGCAGUUCAUCUGCUCUUUCGGGUCUGUACUCGAGAUCGCCAGGCACCGCUGAACUCGGACCUGCUGACAGGUACGAAGAGGUGCUGGCAGAUGACGAUGAUGACGAGGACGAGCAAGAUGGCGAAGGCGACGAAGAUGCUGAAGGCAGUGAUCCGGACGAUAUUAUUGACAUCACCCCGAACCGCGCUGUCGCACGCAAGGAAGCAAGACUCAGACUUGCACGCGCAGCCUUGCCCGCAAGACGCGCCUCAGGCGGCACACUCUCAACGCUCAACCUCUUUGGUGGAGGCGGUGGCUCGACAAAUGGGUCGAGUGGUGAUGCAGUAUCCACCCGGACGGGAGGUGGAGGCACAGGAGGUGCUGGCAUCUUCUCGGACGAAGCAGGAAGUCCGCUUGGACGCAACGCUCGAGAAGGAGAUGUGUCACGACCCGCUUUGCUCUCUGUCGCAACCUCUGACGAGGCAAGCAGAGGUGAGUCGCUAGCUGCAGAUCCAUCGAUCCAGUCUUCCAACUCUAUGACGCUGCCCUCAUCUAGCAGCACUCGCACGGCUUCAACCAGAGCCAGCUCGUUCAAAGACCGCAAGUUCAAACUGCCAAAGUGGAUAAAGCGUGGUAGUAAGAAGAGCAGGAGCACAGAUCACGAUGUGUAA